AAACGUCCAGCAUAUCAAAACAGAGAGAGGUGAAGCAUGUAUUCCCAAAAAUUCACGAGAAGAGUAUAAUAGGAGAAAUAACCUAGAACAGGCAAUAAGCGACAGAAAUCUGAGAACUAUACUGAAUUUAUAGAACAAUCGAAAGGAAAUGAAUGACAAACGAAUUCGGCUAUGUCCAGCGAUGAAGAACCAUUUGUAUUGGUAACGUCGAAACGUCAAAAAUCCAAAAACAACAAACCAAUUCUUAGCAGACAGUCGCAUAAACAACACGAUAGUGGGAAACUUAUUCAACUUUUCGCUGAAGACAACGGCAAAACAUUCGAUAAAUCAGCUGAGCUGAGAAAAAUUGCCGACUUCACCCAGAAAAUCGAAAAUUCCGAUUACUUUCGUCAGUCAGUCGACCUAGUGUCCAAUCAAUCAACAGAACCACCAAUAACCAAGAUCGUUUGCUUUGGCAUCGGUCACAUAAGACAUUGUAACACAUCCCGCUAUCAACUCGCCUACAUAUUGGCAUUGAGACGACACUUGCAAGUCGAAUCAAUUCAAUUUCACGAGCCACUUCUCACCGGACACGACGAAGAUCUACUGAAUGCACUGCAUUGUGAAUUGGUUUCGAUAAACAUCGAAGGAAAACUCGAAAUCAAUCCGUCAGAAACGACCUUGGUGUUCUUGCCGCAUUGCCCGAAGCAGCUAAUCAACAAUUUACUGUGGAAGAAUUGGUCGGCAAACGCUCUGCGACGAAUUGUUCUGAUCAGCAACAGUUUUCAGGCUAUCGUUCAGCAAACACCGACCAGUUGUUUAGGUCAAGACGCCGGUUAUAUCAGUCGAAUCGAACGCCACACGACCGAAUUUUCGUUGAGAAAUUCAUUCGAACACAGGAACGUGUUCAACGACAUUGCGAUUCAUUUCUUCAACGCCGACCAUUACGAGGAUAACUUUUUCGAUCAUCAACUGGAACCGUCCUACGAUACCAGCGAACUGAUUGAAACGAUAGAUCGUCUAACCAUCCGGUAAAAUGACUUCGAACAUUUAUCGGUCGCUAAUAUCGGAACUACGACUGGCCAGUCCAAAUGGUGUUAUGAACAAGGACUCUUUGGUGUUCAAGUACAUUGCGUCGCAGUUUCGUAAAUACAAGACGACCGAUCAGCAGCUGUGCAAAGCAAGAGAAGAAAUGCAGUUCUUGGGCAUCACUUACCGUUGCUACUUGAAAAGUUUGAGAAAGCAGGAAGAAAUUCA